UUGCACGCUUACCAUAGACAUGAAUAUGGUCUCUUGGAAAAUUUUCAAAACCCCAAAAUUCCUCGGCGCCGUUGAUCAAUGGCUGCAAAGGUUGAAGAAGAAGAAUCUGUGAAGAGAGAGCUUCUAGAACCUUCUCAUUCCACUCCUCCCCAUUUUUUAGAGGUUGUGUGCAGAAGUUCUGGAAAAGUAAGACGCUUUGCUGCUGGUACAAAGGCUGGAUUUGCAUUGUAUAUAAUAAAUCGAAAGCUAGGUUAUGGGGUCCGACCUGCAUUGCAUAUUGAGGCUAUUAAAGAUGGGGAGGAACCUGUCAAUUUUGGUCCGAAUUCAGUUCUAGUAAGCUAUGGAGAGGGUUGGAACUUGCAGACAGUUCCAGAAGAAGCCAACUAUGAAGAAGCGACGAUACCUCCAGUGAAGCAGUCCCCUCCAGUAAUGAAAUCAGCAAGUGUUCAUCCCAAAGGAAAAACCAUUAGUGGGCUGCGAUCAAAUAUCAGUUUCAUGUAUAUCGGAAAGAUAUUGUUAGCCUUUGGUUUCAUUUUCUUGCUUGGCGGGACGUUCACCUUGAUUCUAGAAAAUCUUCCCACGUUAAUCUUGUUUCUGACAGCAUCAUUGUAAUACACGUAAUUUUGGCAGUUUGUAAUUGAUAAAAAGAAAAGGACUGAUUCCGUUUGGCCUGGGCUAUUGGAUGUUUGAUGGCCAUGGACACAGCCUUCUGGUUGGUAAUAACACUUAAAGAAAAAGACAAGAAAAGAAAAAAAGACCCAUCUAUUUCA